AUGGACGCAUACGCUCUUCACGACAAUUUCUCCGCUCUUUGCUUCAUAGGCAUCCCGACGCCAGCAGGUGAAGCUGUGCCAAACACGACCGCUAUCGAUGCUCAAGAUCCGCUGGACUGCGAGAAGGAUGCGGUGCAGGCCCCAGACACCGGAAAAGCAUACUCGGCAAUAGAAAGGUUCAUGUCGACCCAAGAGCUGUUUGAGAUGCCGCUGAAAUACUUCGGCCCAGCAACUCUGCCGCGCCAUCGGCGAGUCUGUAAACACUGGCGGAGGACGAUCGAGGGGAGCAGCAUGAGAAAGACCUUGUUCCUCGAGGCAGAGACCGGCAAGACCAACAAGAACACCGAUUCGCAGGCACGCACAUGGACUCACAACGACGCAAUCCUCAAAGAACCUCAGCUGGUCAUCCGUUAUACCAAAGCUCCAUUAGACGAAUUCCGGAUGAACUUCAUCGAAGACCCCGAUCAGGUGCACCCCAAGGACAUCCGCCUGAAGAUGUUCCUAACACAGCCGCCUUGCACCGAUCUCGAGGUCUGCAUUAUCUCUCGCGACAGAGCCACUCCAGCCGCGUGUUUCAAGACUUUGGGGCGCGCUUACCCGGGUGAACGUUACCUGGGAUACUUAAAGGGAAAAGUUCACAACGAUGAUGGCAUAACCCUGGGCGAUGUCGUUGGCAAGUUUCGUCGGAGAGUUGGAGAUCAGUUUGAGUGGCAGUCGCUGGGUGAUUGGGUACUUGCACAUCUUUGUCUCCCGACACCGAAGKCUUCAUCGGAGGAGGAGGAUAAGAAGGAAUGA